AUGGGACAUUCUUUCUUUUUCAGAGACAUUGCCAAUGUGAAAGUUGAGGAUGAUCGUAGCAAUGUUGGAAGUACAGAGAAAGGUUUAUAUAUCCACAUUGAUUUACCUUAUCUCAGAUCUAUACCUAAUGUAAGUUUGUUCGAAUAAUACUGUUGACUACAUAUUUUAUUGCAAUAUCCCUUUAACUCACGCACUUUAAAUAGCCUAAAUUCGUCUAAAAUUUCAACGUACAAAGCUAUAGAGCUGCUGACGAACUUGUUGUAUAAAACAGCAUAUUGCUCUGCUUUUCAGCAAACUGAAUUCACUUGAUAUCAAUAAGAUCAACUCCUUAUACAUUGGAAAAUUUGUAUUUUUCUACAACAACAAGUUCCGGCUACCGUCUUCUUUCCACAUUCAUCAGUACAAUACAAAAAACGUUAAUUUAUGUCGAACGCAUUCUUAUGGAAUUAAUAUAAAACAGUUCACCAUAAUUUAUCAAGGUCCUAAACUGUUAGAAAUGCAGAGUCGUUAAAAUUCCUUCAGGAACAGAAAUGUUGCACUAUCUACUUGAGCUAUAAAUUCAUCGCUAUGUGUACUGGUAUAAUCUUCAGGGGUGAAUUGAGAUUGGAUUUGCUUCUCAGGGUUAACUGCAUGGGUUCACAUAAGUGACAACGUUCACAUCUCAUGCUUCAGGAGACAUACCUUAAAAGACCUAUCGUUUUUAGAUGCCUCCUUAUCACUGCUAUAUAUUUCAAGUAUUUGUGUAGAUAAAAUUAGCCUUUUCCCAAAAGAGAUCACAGUACAUUCUGGGAUAGUUUGGAGGGACAAAAUAUAUGGCGACAGGCGUGAAAUAUAUGUGAAAGAGCAGAAGUAUCUACUAUCAAAUAUCAACUUUUUAGACGACCAAAAAUGAAAUAUCUCCUUUUUACAUUAAACUUUUAAUUUAAAUUUGUCAUCCAUGCUGCCAAGUUUCUUGUCCCUCCAACAUGGGAUUUGUGCGACUAGACCCAGGACUUUGGGAAAUGGCUAAUAGUGGCAACGUUAAUAUAUUCCAAUUCCUUACUAAGAAACGCGACUUUUAUAUGUAAGAAUGCAUGUUUGAUUAUUAUAGAUCCUAGCACUACAUUGUAUUCAACAAAGUCCCAAUGGAGGCGAAAGUAUAUUCACUGAUGGAUAUCAUGCCGUGAAACAACUUAAGAGACACCAUCCUGAGGCGUUUGAAGUGUUGACGACUUUCCCGAUGAGAUUUUAUGAUGAAGGCGUUGCAGAAUAUGGAGAAUACUGCUUUGAUCUUUCUGCUCCCAUGAUCAAGUAUGUUGAGUCUUUAAAAUGUUUGGUAAUUUUUAUGUCACCGUUUGACGUGAAGUAUAACAGAGAUCGAGUGGAGAAAAGUGACAAAAUAGUCAAACGAACAUAACCAUUUGUCGAAAUUCUAUGAACCGGUAGAUUUUUGUAACACGCGUCCAAAAGCAACAACAGCAACAACAACGACGACGACGACGACAACGAUAGUAAACACAACAACAGUAGACACAACAACAGUAAACACAACAACAGUAAACGCAACGUUAACAACAGUAAACACAACAACAGUAAACACAACAACAGUAAACGCAACGUUAACAACAGUAAACACAACAACAGUAAACACAACAUAAAACACAACAACAGUAAACACAACAACAGUAAACACAACAACAGUAAACACAACAACAGCAAACACAACAACAGUAAACACAACAACAGAAAACACAACAACAGUAAACACAACAACAGUAAACACAACAACAGUAAACACAACAACAGUAAACACAACAACAGUAAACACAACAACAGUAAACACAACAACAGUAAGCACAACAACAGUAAACACAACAACAGUAAACACAACAACAGAAAACAACAACAGCAAACACAACGACAGUAAACACAACGACAGUAAACACAACGACAGUAAACACAACAACAGUAAACACAACAACAGUAAACACAACAACAGUAAACACAACAACAGUAAACACAACAACAGUAAACACAACAACAGUAAACACAACAACAGCAGGUCGUAAACUUGUAGUUUAAAUUUCAAGUAAAUUUCUUUGAUGCCCCACUCCCAACUCCAAAUGCUUCCCCACGUCCCUACGGCCUAUUAGCCAUUCCGAAGUUGAUGAGAGGACUGGAGACGAGUAUAAAAAGUGUCCAAAUUAAGAAAUGGACCAAAUCACUAAAAAGACUACCUCAAAAUUAGUAAGUAUACAAUGUUUGAAGACGUUUACAUGAAUAUCCUUCGAAUAAUAAGCUUUCGAAAUCGCGAUAUUUACUAUGAAAUGUGUUGUAAUUUUCGUUUUUGGGACGCGCGUCCCCAAAACAAUCUUUUAAUAAUCAGUAAUUUCACAAUUUUCGAAAGCUUAUUAUUUGAAGGGUAUUCAUGUAGACGUCUUCAAACUUUGUAUACUUACUAACUUUGUGAUGGUCUUUUUAGUGAUUUGGUCCAUUUCUUAAUUUGGACACUUUUUAACACUCGUCCCCAGUCCUCUCAUCAAUUUCGGAAUGGCUAAUUGUUUUACAACUUACAACUUACAAUAAUCUUUUCUUUUUCAGCCUGAACAACAAAGGUCGUAUUGAGAGUCUGUUACUUGAGCCCGCAGUUAUGACUGUGGCAAACAAAACGUCAACCACAGAGGAAGUACUCGCGUUCUACGAAGCAUACCACCAACUAUCAAAAUUAUUUUACAGCAAUGUCGUUAGCGUCCAUCUCAAGCCAGGGCAAGUCGUAAUGACGCAUAAUACGCGCGUUUUGCACGGGAGAACGGGGUUUAAAGCGACAUCUGAGGCAGAGGCCAAAGUCUCUCGGUGGAUAAAAACCAUGUUUUACGAGUGGGAUAUGGUGUUUUCAAAACUUCGG